GCGUAUGUUAUGUAAUGUAAGUUUGUAAUGGUACAGUUUAGAUGAAAUGUUGUAAAUGUACUAUUAUUGUAUGAUUACUCGUAUUAUUGUAUAAUAUGCGGCAACAUCGUGUGGGACUUUUGCAUUCGCGUUAUGUGGUGGCGGCGCUGGAAAAAUGUUGUCAUGCCUAACAAAGUGAUAAGAAGAUAAAAUAAUUGGUUGGUUAUGUUUUAAAAAAGAAAUGAAAUACGGAAUGAUAUCUAUGUAUUAAAAAAAGUGAACAUUUUUUGUUUUUCGUUUUCUCUCUAAAUAAAAACUAACAAGUAACAAUAAGAUUUUUCAUGAUGAAUUAAAUGGAAAUAUCAACAAACAAUGUUUGAGAGAACAGCGAAUAAGUACGCACGAAUAUCAACUAUAUUUGAACAUCAAUGAACAACUGCAUCACCAGUACAACUGAAAUUAAGCGACUAAUGGACAGCCAAAACAAAAAGGUGAAAAAUUUACAAUUCAAUUUUUAAACUCAUUUUUACAAAGUAGCAAGUGGAACAUUGCAAAUAGGCCAGUGACAGUCUACCAAAACAGAGAUAUGUUUAGUUCUAUUGGACUACUGUUUGAUAAAAAUAAUUGUUAUGAAGGAACCAAGGUUAAUUAUAGGAAUGUUGAAGAAAAACUAAGAAAAACAAUAUUGCUUAUUAAUAGACAGUACACUGUUAGUUUUGCAUGGAUCGUACAACAUUUAACAGAAAUACGUUGUGACUGUAUUUACUGGGAAGACUUAAGAGAUACAAAAAAUUUCCCGCAUUGUGUGAAAUUAUUCAAAUCAAGUAUUGUCAUUUCCAAACAACUUAUAAUACGUUUUAUCAGUGCAAUAAAGUUCCUAAUAAAUUUGUUAGAUAUUGAUACCAACCCAUUUAUUUUACAAGAAUUAAAAGAUUUUAUUCCACUGGUAAACAAAAUUGAAAGUCAAGAAACAGAUGACAAAAAAUAUUUGAUGAAUAUUAAUAAUGUAUUUAAGGAAAAAUACACUAACAAGAGUAAUUUGUAUAAAAUACUCCAAAGUCAAAAUAUUAGUGUAUUUAAUCUUGAUUUUCUCAAUAGAGGAAAAUUCAAAUAUUUUAUUGAAGAAAAAAAGGAAUUUAAAAACUUUACUUACUUUGAAUAUGUAGAACAUUACUUAAGAAAUUAUAUUAACAAUAAAACUACUGAAGAGUAUUUUAAUCUAGGCUUUUCAUAUGAUAAAGAAAGAAAAACAACUUCUUAUGUUCACGAUUUGGAAGUUUAAAAUAAAAUCAAUUUUGUUUACCAAAAAAAUGGAUUUAAAAUAAAUUUAAUUUGCUUUGGAUAUGUAGAAUUUCACUUCAGAAGUCAUAUUAAUGUUCAUGAUUUGAAAGUUUAAAACAAUUUCAAUGUUGCUUAUCAAAAAAAAUGAAUUUUAAAUAAAUUUUAUUUUAUAUAAUUUUAAAAUAUAGAUAUCUGUGAAUAUUUUUUAUGUUUUUAUGUAUUUUAGAUAAAUUUCAAUAAUUCAGACUUUCUAUUAAUUUUU